UGGCGUCUUCCCUAUCCACACUUACUCUCUUGCUAACUCGGUGACAGCCCCACAACAGAGUGAUAGGCCUGCCUUUCUCCUCCCGGGGCGUCUCCUCCAGUUCCCGGUGCCGCUCGCCCCACCUCCGGAAGUGACGACUGCUGCGCGGCCCUGCCCGUUUCCCGUCGGGCUCCGCGGCAGCGGCGGGAAGAUGGCGGCGGCGGGAGCCAUGGAACGGAGCUUCUUGGAGAUAAGCGGAGCUGAGCGCGAAAGACCGAGGCAUUUUCGGGAAUUUACAGUCUGCGGCGUUGGGACUGUGAGUACCGUGGCCGGAUCGGUGAAAUACAGUGAGAGCGCUGGAGGUUUCUACUAUGUGGAAUGUGGCAAAUUAUUCUCCGUCACCAGAAACAGGUUCAUUCAUUGGAAAACCUCAGGAGAUUCAUUGGAGCUAAUGGAGGAGUCACUGGACAUAAACUUGUUGAAUAAUGCCAUUCGCCUCAAAUUCCAAAAUUGCAGCAUCUUACCCGGAGGGGUGCAUAUCUCUGAGACUCAGAAUCAUGUGAUCAUCUUGCUAUUAACCAACCAAACAGUACACAGGUUACUGUUUCCACACCCUUCCCGGAUGUAUAGGAGUGAAUUGGUCACUGAAAGUCAGAUGCAGUCAAUAUUCACCGACAUUGGAAAGGUUGAUUUCAGGGAUCCUUGCAACUGUCAGCUAAUUCCUGCUGUACCUGGACUGUCCCCUAAUUCUACUGCCUCGGCAGCCUGGCUGAGCAGUGAUGGGGAGGCUCUAUUUGCCCUACCUUCUGCAGCUGGUGGAAUCUUUGUUCUGAAACUACCGCCUCACGACAUACCUGGGAUGGUGUCGGUUGUGGAACUGAAGCAGAGUUCAGUAAUGCAGCGACUGCUUACAGGCUGGAUGCCAACUGCUAUCAGGGGUGACCAGGGACCUCAAGAUCGUCCCCUCAGUCUUGCUGUUCAUUGUGUUGAACAUGAUGCCUUCAUCUUUGCUCUGUGUCAGGAUCAUAAACUCCGAAUGUGGUCGUUUAAGGACCAAGUGUGCCUGAUGGUGGCUGACAUGCUGGAGUAUGUCCCUGUGAAUAAAGACCUGCGGCUCACCGCUGGGACUGGGCACAAAUUGCGACUUGCUUACUCCCCUUCUUUGGGACUCUACCUGGGGAUAUACAUGCAUGCUUCAAAACACGGACAGUUCUGCAUCUUCCAGUUGGUAAGCACCGAGAGUAACCGCUACAGCCUAGACCAUAUAUCCUCGCUGUUCACUUCUCAGGAGACAUUGAUUGACUUUGCCUUAACCUCCACGGAUGUCUGGGCGCUGUGGCACAAUGCUGAAAACCAGACAGUUGUGAAGUACAUCAACUUUGAACAUAAUGUUGCAGGUCAGUGGAACCCAGUUUUCAUGCAGCCUCUGCCAGAGGAAGAGGUCAUCAUCAGAGAUGAUCAAGACCCCAGAGAAAUAUAUUUGCAGAAUCUUUUUACUCCAGGACGAUUCAUAAAUGCAGCAUUAUGUAAAGCUUUACAGAUCUUUUGCCGAAGAACUGAGAGAAAUUUGGAUCUGUCCUGGAAUGAGUUAAAGAAAGAAGUUACCUUAGCUGUGGAAAGUGAGCUCCAAGGAAACGUAACAGAGUAUGAAUUCUCACAGGAAGAGUUCCGAAAUUUGCAGCAGGAAUUCUGGUGCAAGUUCUAUGCCUGUUGUCUUCAGUAUCAAGAAGCCCUCUCUCAUCCUCUUGCCAUCCAUCUAAAUCCACACACAAACAUGGUGUGCCUGCUGAAGAAGGGCUACCUGUCUUUCCUCGUGCCCUCCUCCUUAGUAGAUCAUUUGUAUCUGCUGCCUGAUGAGAACCUUCUGACAGAGGAUGAGACAACCAUAUCUGAUGAUGUGGAUGUGGCUCGGGAUGUCAUAUGUCUUAUCAAGUGCCUGCGGCUGAUCAGCGAGUCAAUAACUAUGGAUAUGUCAGUUAUGAUGGAGAUGAGUUGUUACAACCUACAGUCUCCAGAAAAGGCUGCAGAACAGAUUCUGGAAGAUUUGGUCACUAUUGAUGUAGAAAAUGUGAUGGAAGAUAUUUGUAGUAAACUGCAGGAGAUUAAGAAUCCAGUCCAUGCCAUUGGACUUCUUAUACGGGAAAUGGAUUAUGAGACGGAAGUAGAGAUGGAAAAGGGAUUCAAUCCAGCUCAACCGUUGAAUGUGCGCCUGAAUCUUUCCCAGCUCUAUGGUAGUGGCACCGCAGCGCAUAUUGUGUGCAGAGGUGUGUGUAAAAUUGCCAGUACUCGUUUCCUGAUCUGCCGAGAUCUUUUGGUGUUACAGCAGCUAUUAAUGAGGCUAGGAGAUACAGUGAUUUUGGGAGUUGGUCAGCUCUUUCAAGCUCAGCAAGACUUAAUGCAUCGAAUAGCUCCCCUCCUCUUGUCUUACCACCUUAUUAAGUGGGGGAGUCAGUGCUUGGCAACAGACGUUCCAGUUGACACACUGGAGGCGAACCUCCAACACUUAUCAGUACUGGAACUGACCGACUCUAGUGCUUUAAUGGCAAGUAGAUGUGUAUCUAGCCCUCAGACAAUUGUGGAGUUAUUCUUCCAAGAAGCUGCAAGAAAACACAUUAUAGCUCAUCUCUUCUCUCAACCAAAGGCACCUCUGAGCCAAACUGGGAUGAAUUGGCCUGAGAUGGUUACUGCAGUUACCAAUUAUUUCUUGCAGCUUUUAUGGCCUAGCAAUCCUGGUUGUCUCUUUCUAGAAUGUUUAAUGGGAAAUUGUCAGUAUGUACAAUUGCAGGAUUAUAUUCAGCUCCUGAAUCCCUGGUGUCAAGUCAAUGUUGGUUCUUGUCGCUUUAUGCUGGGACGCUGUUACCUGGUUACAGGAGAGGGGCAGAAGGCUCUGGAAUGUUUCUGCCAGGCAGCAUCUGAAGUGGGCAAAGAGGAAUUCUUAGAUCGCUUGAUCCGCUCAGAGGAUGGAGAGAUUGUGUCUACUCCAAGGAUGCAGUAUUAUGAUAAGGUGUUGCGUCUAUUAGACGUUGUUGGUUUGCCUGAAUUGGUUAUUCAGCUAGCUACAUCAGCAAUCACAGAAGCCGGAGAUGACUGGAAAAGUCAGGCUACUUUAAGAACGUGCAUUUUCAAACACCAUUUGGAUUUGGGUCACAACAGCCAAGCAUAUGAGGCCUUAACCCAAAUUCCUGAUUCCAGCAGGCAGUUAGAUUGUUUACGGCAGCUGGUGGUAGUUCUCUGUGAGCGUUCACAGCUACAGGACCUUGUGGAGUUUCCCUACGUGAAUCUGCAUAAUGAGGUUGUGGGAAUAAUUGAAUCACGAGCUAGAGCUGUGGAUCUUAUGACUCACAAUUACUAUGAGCUCCUGUACGCCUUUCACAUUUAUCGUCACAACUACAGAAAGGCUGGGACAGUGAUGUUUGAGUACGGGAUGCGUCUUGGCAGAGAGGUUCGAACUCUCCGGGGACUUGAGAAGCAAGGCAAUUGUUAUCUGGCUGCUAUUAACUGUUUACGACUGAUUCGACCAGAAUACGCGUGGAUAGUGCAGCCAGCAUCUGGUGCCGUGUAUGAUCGCCCUGGCGCAUCCCCAAAGAGGAAUCACGAUGGAGAGUGUACAGCUCCUCCAACAAAUCGGCAAAUUGAAAUCCUGGAAUUGGAAGAUCUGGAGAAGGAGUGUUCCUUGGCUCGAAUCCGCCUCACUUUGGCUCAGCAUGACUCAUCAGCGGUUGCAGUUGCAGGAAGUUCAUCAGCGGAGGAGAUGGUUACCCUCUUGGUUCAGGCUGGCCUCUUUGACACUGCCAUAUCACUCUGUCAGACUUUCAAGCUUCCCUUAACGCCAGUCUUUGAGGGACUUGCUUUCAGAUGCAUCAAAUUACAGUUUGGCGGCGAAGCAGCACAAGCGGAAGCCUGGACCUGGCUCGCAGCCAAUCAGCUCUCAUCGGUCAUCACCACCAAGGAGUCUAGUGCCACUGAUGAAGCAUGGAGACUAUUAUCAGCUUAUCUGGAAAGGCACAAAGUCCAGAAUAACUUGUAUCACCAAUGUGUAAUCAACAAGCUCUUGUCUCAUGGAGUGCCUCUGCCUAAUUGGCUUGUAAACAGUUACAAGAAAAUUGAUGCUGCUGAGUUGCUCCGUCUGUACUUGAACUAUGAUCUUUUGGAAGAAGCUGUGGAUUUGGUUUCAGAAUAUGUGGACGCUGUAUUGGGAAAAGGACAUCAGUACUUUGGAAUUGAGUUUCCACUCUCUGCAACAGCCCCAAUGGUGUGGCUCCCAUAUUCCUCAAUCGAUCAGCUUCUCCAAGCUCUGGGAGAGAAUAGUGCCAAUAGUCACAACAUCGCAUUGUCUCAGAAAAUACUUGACAAAUUGGAGGACUACCAGCAAACAGUUGAUAAGGCAACACGGGAUUUAUUGUAUCGUCGGAAAUUGUGACACUGAUUGUUACCUAGCCUUUGUAACCACUUGGUGCCUCUUAGGGCUUAAGACUUCACCCUACAGGAACCCAGUUCUUGAGGCUGAGUUUUCUAAAUGUAAAUAACAGUAGACAACAUUCAAGACUGCUUUCUGCACAAAGUAGGAAAACAGCCGUGAGUCCGAGGGCCCUGUGCUUGCUGGUGGUGCUAACACACAAUUUCUGGUUUUCAACCUUGAUCUCAAACAGCUGCUUUUGUAUAUUAUUCACAAGCUUUUUUAGAGUUUAUAUUUUUUUAAACUACUGAAGACAUCUUUAUCUGCAAAUUAAAACCCACCGUCAUUUUCCAGAAUACCUGAUGGUUGUUGGUUUGUUAUAGCUAACUACCAAAAGCAGUCACUGCAACUCUUUUCAUUCUCCCCGAUCACUUUUUGUAUUUCGAUGGAAUUAUUUUGGUCCAGAACUGACAUGUAUUUUCUGUAUUGCAAACAGGCUGAUGAUUUUGCGUACUCUUUUCGUUAUUUAUUGUGGAUUUUUGUAUGACCUCCAAUAAAAAUUAAUUAAUCUGGCUAGAUGAUGACCAGCUGUUUAAAAGAGGAUAUUUUAUUUAAAUUUGAUUUUGAGGCAAGUAAAUUCUAAGAAAAAAUUGGAAAACCAUCAUUUAUAAAAGCAACAGAUUUUCAAUGUAAAUGGUUACUUUUUAUAAUUUAUGACAUCAAGCUGGACUUGAUCAAAUAGUCUAAUAAUAUACUGGACCAAAAUAGAAGCCUUCCUGGUCAGAGUCAGAAGCAUUCAUGCCCACAAAUUUUGGGUUGAGUGGAAAAUAGUAAAAUCUACUUGCAUUUUAGUCUGUAUAUUAAAAUUUAUCUUGUAAAAAAAUGAUCUGCAUACUGAUUGCUUGUGUGUCCUUUGAUACUCUUAAUUUUUUCUUUAACCUUUAGUUUUGAUGAUGUUAUUAAGACCAUGUUUAUAUAUUUAAAAUAACAA